UUUACAUAACUUCAUUUGGUUAUAUUUUUGUUUUGAUGUUAAACUUAUUCAAAACUUAAGUUUUUUUUAUUAAUCGUAGUGUAGUAAAUGUAUCCCUGUUUAUAUUAAUUUUAAAAUUUACAAAAAAUCAGUAUUGUAGACGCAAUAUGGGCGACAAUAAAAAAAGGAAGAGCAGCAGUUUUCGCAAAAUAUUUCCAUUUUUCACAAGGAAAUGUAAACAGAAAUAUGAUGAUAUUCCUCAUAUUUCCAAGAGAUCGAGUCACAAUCAAGUCUACAAUCAAUAUUACAAUCCACAGUCUGUGAUAAAAGAUAAUAAAGAAAAUGUUUCGGAGCAAACUGAAACGAUAUAUGAAAAUCUCUCUGUACCAUGUACUGUAGCACAAAGCCAUACAGAUAAACAGAGUACGAAAGACUCUAAAACGUGUUUUCACAAUAGUGAUAAUUGGGAUAAACAUCAAGGUAUUAAUUACUCACAAAAACUGUCAUUGCAAAAUAGCCAUGAUACAAGUUCAAGUAUUGAUUUAAGUCGAUAUCCUGAUACUUACUAUCACUCUCUAGAUAAGUUACCAAGCAACACACUUCCUGCAGAUGAAAUAGAAAUAUAUAAAGCAUCGCAAUUUCGAACAAAUCCAGAGUCAGUUGGGGCUGAAAUAAAACGUGUUAGCACCAAGUUCCUAAUUUCGCCGAAAAAAGAAGCCGAGGUUCGUACAAUUCAACCAACAAGGGCGCGCAGUUUGUCUCUUAAUAAAAGCCGACUGGCUCAGCAACCAGACCUAUCACAAACAUACUACGUUAAUCGUGAUGUCGGUAAACCCUACCACUAUUCUGCGCCAACCUCUCCUAUCGCGGUUGGUCAUCGAAUACCAAGUAUGCCACUGACUCACUCGCCCUAUGAAAGUUUAAAAAAAAAUAUGCUCGAAGCAGAAGAGGGCCGAAAGUCGUUAAGUCGAAUGAGUAUACAAUCAAAAUCUUCAGCCCCGCCAAUCGAAGGCAAUAAUUACGAUAAAGAAACGGCUCGACUUAGAGUGGAAGCGUUCUACUGGCAAAAAAUCAAGGAGUUAAAAGUUCAAGAGGAUGAGUAUAUAAUGAAGCAAACAUUGAGCAAUAUGUCACCUUCUCCAAAUGCCAACACAUAUUCAAACUGCAGCUCACCGAGUUCGUUUAUGAUGAACUCCAAAAGUUGUAGCUUACCACAAGAUGUAAGGCGGAGGAAUAAUUUUGUUACGUCAAAUAAUUCCAUACAUCUAAAAGCACCAUUCACUCGAAGUAUUUCGGAACGGCGAACUGACAGUUUUGUAAGAAAUAUAUCAAACAACGCAGAGUUUGCUGACUACUACCAACAAAAAAGAACAUCGACGCCAAUAAUUCUUGAAAAUAAAGUAUACACAAAGGUAGUUACACCCAAUGCCCAAAGGGAACAGAAGUGUGAAAAUUUCACUUCGCAUCAAAAAAUAAUUUCCGGCAGAUUUAGUAAUCAAAGCAUGAGUGCGGGAUGCCCUCAACCGCCCAUUCGUACAUCCAGUGUCAGAAGCUCUUCAUCAACUUACAGAAAAAAGGAAUCGGCGCUAGCUGGUGGAAGCGCGCUUUAUUAUGGAUCUGAGAGCGGUUCAGACGCUGGUGAAAUAAAAUUGUUGCAGAAGGAUAUUCAUAAAGAAGAAGACUGGCAAGCAGAUGGCAGAAUUGAUGGAGGUUUAUCUGACGGAGAAGCAACCCGGUCAGCCCCGCGAAGCCGGUCGUCUCGCCGUGAUGAUCCGAGACGCCAUACACUCGCUGGAAAUCAUUUAUACCUCCAUUCUCAUCAUCCUGGAGAGCUUAAUAAUUCUGAGCUUGAACCACAAUUACAAAGGGGCUAUCUCCCGCAAACGUUGUAUUACGACGACGAUCCCGGUGUUAUGUCAGAGGUUGAGACGUCUUCCACUGGGUUUAGACGCGGAGGAAAGCAAAGAUCAUCAUUACCAGUGGUUCGCACACCUAGUAAGACCCUCGAAAGACCUUUAGGUCUUGUGUUUUUACAAUACCGCAACGAGACUAAAAGGGCUCUUCUACCGAAUGAAAUCACAUCACUCGACACCGUAAAAGCUUUAUUUGUACGAAGUUUUCCGAAGCAGCUCACAAUGGAUUACUUAGAUAGUCCAUUAGUCAAGGUUUAUAUACAUGACAGCUCAAAGGACAUGUUCUAUGAACUAGAAGACCAUAGGGCCCAUCUUCGGGACAUCAGGGACCGAUCCGUUCUUCGGUUGUUUGAGUCUAAAGAUUUGAACGGUGGUGUCUUUCCUGGAGCUCUAGGUGUUGGUUCAGUCAGGCUUCCAGCGCUAGCCGCCACCAAUUCAUCAAACGCUAAUUUGGAGGAUCAAAGUACAUACUUCAGCGAGCCGGAAAUCGAUUCCGACCACAUUCACAACAUCCACAAAGCAAAGACGAAGCCCCCAGCAUACUACAUGGGUCCCGCGGCGCCUAGCACUCUACCAAGAGGGGGCACAGUACUUCGUGCUUUUUCACCGGCAGCACCGCCCGUUCCAGCUGAUCGUGGGAAGAACAUUCCUCCGCCAGGUCCACCGGUCAAGCCAGUUCGCUCCUACGUUCCAGGCACUGGCUCUGAGAGGUGUUUUCCAUUCUCCGCCAGUGAUUGCCCCCGGGGUACAGAUCAACUUUACACAAUCCCUGCACACUCAAGCGAGGGAUACAUGUCAUCACCUGAACGCAGUUCCGCUAGAGUACCUUACGAAGAUCCAUACUAUACGCAGUUCUUGGGUCCACCGGGCUCAAGACCUGGAAUCAAUCCUGUUAUCGACGAAGAGUCAAGUGAUGGUGUCAUUAUUGAUGACUCGUACCAAAUGUAUGGCGUAAAUGCCAUCACAACCGCGCCACGUCCUAUGCCGAGGCCCCCAUACGACGCCAGGUUGGGUCCGCCCGUUGAUGAUAUGCAACGUCUAAGAGUAGAAAAAAUGGAGCGACAACUCGCAAAUCUUACUGGACUAGUCCAAAAAGCUCUUCAGGUACCUGGAAGCACUCCUACACCCGUUGUGGCUCCCAGACAAGAUUUUCAUCCACCACGUGCUAAUCAAGAUGCCGGACAUUUUGCCAGCACCGAGAGACCUCCCAAAUUGGGGAGGGACAGAUUUCAGAAAUCUGUGUCGUUCGAGAAAUCGGUAUCAUUCAGCGAUGAUCCACCAGACAUGAAUUCACCAAAACAGCAUUCUCCUCAACAUGCAGCUGAUACAAAACCAACAAAACCGGCAAUCAAGUCAUCCACAUUGCCGAGGACAUCAUCACAAGAACGAGAUCGACAUAAGCCAGCACCGCCACCCAAACCAGCUGGCCUUGUUAGCCAGCCGUUGGCAUUGGUUCCUCAAAAGACCUAUACGGUCACCGUAACCCCAGACUUCUUUAGCGAGCUGCAUCAUCUUCAAAAACAGAGCCGAGAUCUCAGAAUAGAGACUCGUAAUCUACGUCGUACCACAUUAUCUCACGCGAUGCAGAUGAGACAAAUGAUGGCUGAUACUAUAGUGAAAAUUGGUACACUCGCUGCAAGGUUUUGUGAGGAAGAUCCGGAAUCUCAAUUGGCGCGAGAGGAAGAAAUUUACCGUCAAGAUAUGCUUUUGUUGGAGAAUGAUUUAUAUGAAUUAGAAGCCACCGUCGAGCGACUCCGGGGACAAGCUGCUAAUAGACUGGAAACUCGUGUCAACAUGGCGGAUAUUGAACGUAUUGCAAUGGUACUAUCGAAGAGUAGCAAAACCGUCGCUGAUUGGAAAUUGAAGUUUCCCGUUCUUCAGGAAACAAUGAAGGCGAAACUAGCAUCUGAAAUGGAAAAGGUGGUGCGUAAAGAGAAAAUGCUAGAGGAAGAACCGGAGCGGUUAGAGUUGGCAUUGCGUCGUUGUAAGAAACUAACUGGGACUCUUGUUACUUUAAAAAGAUUGGCAUGUGUACAAGAACAACGCCUACCAAUGAGCGAUGGACGUGUUUCACCAACUUCCUCUCAAAGUUCUACCACCGCUGGACCAUCUUCUGAGGAAUAUCACUCUGAAUCAACUUGCCACGUCUCACAGACUAAUAAGGCAGCCGGCGGCGGGCGAGUGUGUACGUCCCGGGGAACAACGGACGUGCGGCCAGAGAACGCCCUCGAUGCGCUACUAGACGAGCUGCAGACGUUUGCCAAACCUGCGGAGCGGAGCGGCAGAGGCGAAGGGCCUCUGAGAAGGCUGCAUUCGUAUCCCAGCGGAAGCGACACAGACGCCUCGCCGCCUGUUCGUGCUCGCGGACAGCAUCCACCAAAGCCACCGGUUCCCGAGAGACAUCCUGAAUUGCUCGCAAUGGCCGCGCGCCGAGCCCCGCCGCCCCCACCGCCCCGCACCACAUCCCGGUCGCCCCUCGCUUCGCCCACUUCGCCCCCUUCGCCACCCUGCACUGACAUAACCGAACAAAACGACGCAAACGCCCAAGCACGUCAGUCUCUUCUCGAACAACGGCACCAAGAACUUCUCAAGAAACAAAAGGCUCUCCAAGAACAAUACGCCCGCUUGCAAAUGAUACAACGUAGUGGACCCACGUUGCCCAUUAGUGCCCAUCCUGACUUAAAGAAGACGGGCAGUGAAUCGAAUUUACUCACCAAAAUGAACUUAAAUCUUGCCCCGGCUAGUAUAUCGGGCAGCAUGACACACUUAGCCGGCGAUUGUGAGAGGAAAAGAAGCGAUAGUACCGAGAUGCCCCCCUCGCAGGAUAAAUGCGACUCGUUUGCUACUACAAACAAAGUAUAUGAGACUGAUAUUCUGUGACCGUGUAAUUGUUCCGUUAUAUCAGUUUAAACGUUAUACUUGUUUUAUAUAGUAUUCGAUACGUCACACAACACUUCCUUCGUAUGUAAGAAAUUGUAAGAACUGAUCCUAAUCUUCCACGACGUUGACCUUUUCUAUUCCUUGCUAGAACUCCAUGUAUACCUAGUUUAGUAUUAGGAGUAUUCUUGUCUAUAUAUCUCUUUACCUUUAGAUAAUUUCGAUCCGCUAUACAAACGACUAGGCAAGUUUGACUGGAACAUGAUUUAAAUAAAUUUUAUAAAAACAGUAACUUUUAAGGAACCCUUAAAUUACGUAAACAUAACGUGGCUGUUAAUCGGUGUUUAAUCCAUAGUAUAAGAAUUAUAAGUGAUAGGUGAAAUUUUACAUCACAAUAUUUUCUUAUUUAUUUUCCAAUAUUUUAUUAUAAUUGAGGUGAUUCGUGACUAACUAACGAAAGUAGUUUAAUGUCUAACGCGCUAUAUAUAUCACACUUUUAAAUAUAAUAAUUAUCAUAACUAUGCACACUUUUGUAGGAACAUCAGGCCUAAAACGAGUUAUUAUGUAACAUUCAUGAUUCCUUUUAAAUUAAAGACUCAUUUAAAAAUUCAGCUAUACUCGUGACGCGAGUUUUAUUAUGAAGUAUAAGAUUUAAUACGCCGUCGAAUGCUAUCGUUAAUUUUACUGUUAUAGGGUUCUAAAUAAUAUGUACCGUUUUUGUCAUACCACAAUCCACACCCUAAAAGUGUCGUUGUUAUAUUCACUGUAUUGCCACAGACUAAGGUGUUAUUACAAUCUAAAACGGUCUUAUUUGACUUGCGUUUAAAAUUAAUAUUGUCAAACUCAUAGAGUAUCUCUCUCUCUCUUUGUCACUCUCUCUCUGUCAGGUUUCACAGCGUAAAGACAAAUGACUAUUUGAAACAGUGUAAGCAGACUGAUUUAGUUUUUGAAUACAAAGGAAUUAGAACUUAUUAUACAUCCGGUUUUUAAUCAUACAUUUACUAAUAUGUAAUAACUAACAUAACUACUUUACUAAUAAACUUAAAUAAUUAGGUAUCCUAGACGAAAAUUUGCCUUUUCUAGUUACAUUUAAUUUAAAGUAUUUCAAAAUGUUUAAAAGUGCCAGAAUUCACCGUUUCUAUUCACUUAGAAUAUAUUUAUUCGUUGAUGUAUUAGACAGUAUUGAUUUUUUAAUAUCUAGUUUAUAUUUUUAUUACUUAGUCGUUGCUUCAGUAUCUUACUAACAUCGCAUUAAAUGCAACUGUUUUAUCUUAUACGAGUUUCCAUUUGAGACUGACAGUGCUUGCACAGUAGGUACGGGUUAUCUACUUGCACAUUGAAAAGUUUUAUAUACUUAAGUCUUUUACAACGAAAAUAAUAAAGCCAUGAAAAUAACUAUUUAAUAUUUUUGACGGUAACCAUUAAAAUGCAAAUAAUUUAAAGAGUUUUUUUUAUAUUGGUUAUAUUUUAUUUAGUCGAAAUAUUCUUCAUUUAGCAGAAUAAUUGCAAUAGACAAGUAAAUUUACUUUAACGUAUGCAAUAGAAAAAUUAAAGGUAUGGCUAUUCGUAUAAGCCUCAAAAAAAGCUUUAAAGCUUACGAAAUUGUCAAUCAAUUAUAGCAUAUUUCUAUAUUAUUUCUGUAAAACUAUCGCGUUGAAUCCUAUUAUUACAUUAUAUUACCAGAAUACAGGGCGGAAGAUUUUCAGUCCUCGCGACUGAAGAUACCAAAAUGAACGUUGUAUUAAUUAUUUAUUGAAGCUGAAUUAAUAUCUGUGAUAAGUAAAAAGUUACCUAGGCAAUGCAUAUGAAUUGAACGAUCCAUUAAAAGUUAUAUUCAUUUUACUUUACUUCUUUAUCGCAACCACACACAACGAUGUAUUAACUUUUUGACAAUGUACUCGCUGAAUUCCGUCAAUAAUAAUAAAUAGUAAUAAGUA